AUGCCGUCGCACGGGGAUCUGGACCGGCAGAUCGAGCAGCUGCGCGACUGCAAGUACCUGCCCGAGGCGGAGGUCAAGGCGCUCUGCGAGCAGGCCAAGGCCAUCCUCAUGGAGGAGUGGAACGUGCAGCCCGUGCGCUGCCCCGUCACCGUCUGCGGCGACAUCCACGGCCAGUUCUAUGACCUCAUCGAGCUCUUCCGCAUCGGCGGCGACGCUCCCGACACCAACUACCUCUUCAUGGGCGACUACGUCGAUCGUGGCUACUAUUCAGUUGAAACAGUUUCUCUGUUAGUGGCUUUGAAAGUCCGUUACAGAGAUAGAAUUACAAUACUUAGAGGAAAUCAUGAGAGCAGACAAAUCACUCAAGUGUAUGGCUUCUAUGAUGAAUGCUUAAGAAAGUAUGGAAAUGCAAAUGUAUGGAAGUAUUUUACAGACUUGUUUGAUUAUUUGCCUCUCACAGCUCUUAUAGAAAAUCAGGUCUUCUGUCUUCAUGGUGGCCUCUCUCCGUCAUUGGACACAUUGGAUAACAUUCGUUCUCUUGAUCGCAUACAGGAGGUUCCUCAUGAAGGACCCAUGUGUGAUCUUUUGUGGUCUGACCCAGAUGAUCGAUGUGGAUGGGGAAUUUCACCAAGAGGAGCAGGUUACACAUUUGGGCAAGACAUUGCGCAGCAGUUCAACCAUACAAAUGGUCUCUCUCUCAUUUCAAGGGCCCAUCAACUUGUAAUGGAAGGAUUUAAUUGGUGCCAGGAUAAGAAUGUAGUCACAGUCUUCAGUGCGCCUAAUUAUUGUUACCGAUGUGGUAACAUGGCUGCUAUUCUUGAAAUCGGGGAAAACAUGGACCAGAACUUCCUUCAAUUCGACCCGGCACCUCGGCAAAUUGAGCCAGACACAACUCGCAAAACCCCAGACUACUUUUUGUAA